GAAAGGUGCCUUUCCCAGGCCACGGCACUUCCGCUUCCGGCGAGAGGCCUUCAGGAGGAAGGGGAGAGGCCCUUUUGGCUUUGGAGGGGAUUCCUUUCCUCUCCAGGGAAUCUGCCCCCUUUUCCUCAUCCAGCAUCCCUACUAAGAAGACUUAGAACACCAUUCCUGAAUACCAAAGACAUUAAAUGGAGCAGAUCCUGCUUAGCACGGCAUGAGCAAUCUUGAUCUUUGAAGCAAUCUUGGAGGAAGUGUUUGGGUGCUUUUCUGAAGAGAAGUAAACCUUGCCACAUCUGGACCAGAGCACCCUUCACAAGCGAAUCAUGGAAGAAGAAGAGGAUGUAAUGGUGGUCCCUCUCGGUACAGAUACUGACCGUCAUCUUGACCAAGAAGCAGUGUCGACUUCUCCCACAGGAGCGGAGCUGAGUUCCAGCUCUCUGGAUACAGGGGAGAAGCCUGAUGAUGUCUUGGAAAGCGGAGAGGCCGUGGGCGAUGGAUUCACCAUCGUUACCCACCAAAUUGCUUACCCGGAAGAGAAACCCUACAAGUGCGAGGAGUGCGGGAAGAGCUUCAACCAGCGGUCGCACCUCAAGAGGCACCACAUUGUUCACACGGGAGAGAAGCCCUUCAAAUGCCAGGAGUGUGGGCGAGCCUUCACCGAGAAGAGGAACCUCACGGCGCACCUGAUGAACCACACCGGAGAGAAGCCGUACAAGUGCCAGACGUGCGGGAAGAGCUUCAGCCAGCCCUCCCACCUCAAGCGGCACGAAAUGAUCCACUCGGGGGUGAAGCCCUUCAAAUGCGAGGAGUGUGGGAAGGGCUUCUCUGAGAAGAGGGACCUCGUGGACCACCGGAUGAACCACACCGGGAACAAACCCUUCAAGUGUGACAAGUGCGGGAAGAGCUUCACCCGGAAGACCAUCUUCAGCUCGCACCAAACGACCCACACCGGAGAGAAACCCUAUAAAUGCAAGGAGUGCGGGAAGGGCUUCAGCUACAGCUCCGGCCUCAUUCUGCACCAAGUCAAGCACACCGGGGAGAAGCCCUACAAAUGCAAGGAGUGCGGCAAGAGCUUCAACAACCAGUCCAACCUCAAGCGGCACCAAACCAUCCACGCCUGGGAGAACCCCUACAAGUGCCAGGAGUGCGGCAAGAGCUUCAUGGAGGAGAAGAGCCUCAACGCCCACCAGAUCAACCACACGGGGAACAAGCCCUACAUCUGCCUGGAGUGCGGGAAGACCUUCAGCCAGAAGUCGACCCUCAACGCGCACAUCCUGAUCCACACCGGUGCGAAACCCUUCAAGUGCCUGGAGUGCGGGAAGAGCUUUAACCAGAGGUCCAACCUCAACAGACACCAGAUGAUCCACUCGGGGGAGAAAUCCUAUACCUGCUUUGUGUGCGGAAAGUGCUACGCGGAGAAGACCCUCCUGAUUUUGCACCAGAAGAAACACGCUGGGGUUGACAACUCUAUGAAGAGUUUCCAUCAGAGGUUGACCAUAGAGUCAGCCUGGCUGCUUGGAGGCAGAAGAGGCCUGGGUAUCCUCGGCCAAGGGAUUGGGGCGGCCUUUCCCCCCAUAUGGUGCCUUUGGGCCCUCCUCAGAAGGACUGACAGGGAAGGAACUGCCAGGAAAAAAGAGGACUCCCUUCAGACUUCGAGGAAUAAGAGAUCCACGAUGGACAGGCGUGAAUCAGCUGGAUUAAGUGCCAGGAAAAAGCUCCAUGCCGCACAUGCCGGGAGGAGUGGGAGGUUCUGGGGGAAGGCGGUGCAGAGGACUCAAGAGGAAGAUGCCGCCAGCACCGGGGUCCAUGGCUUACAUUUCAGACAGUUCCGCUACCAAGUGGCCGAUGGGCCCCGGGAGGUUUGCAGCCAACUCCACGCUCUCUGCCAUCGGUGGCUGAAGCCAGAGCGACACUCCAAGGUGGAGAUGCUGGACCUGGUGAUCCUGGAGCAGUUCCUGGCCGUCCUUCCUCCGGAGAUGGAGAAUUGGGUGAGAGAAUGCGGAGCACAGACUAGCUCCCAGGCAGUGGCUUUGGCGGAAGGAUUCCUCCUGAGCGAGGAAGAAGAGAGGAAGGAGAAAAGGCAGCAGGCCUGCCUUGCAGAAAAGGGCGCUGAAUCCUCUAAGACCCAGACAUCUCUAUCCGACUCCAGGCAGAGGCUCCAGCCCUUGCAGAUUAAAGAAGAGAGCGACGAAGGACUCGCCUCACUGAGAGGCAGAUCGAGAAUGCCAGCAGCACCUACCCGCUUGCCUCUUCUCCAUUGCGAUGCAAAGGAAACCACUUCUGGGCAACUGGAUCAGGUGACCUUUGAGGAGGUGGCUGUGGAUUUCACUGACGGAGAGUGGGCCCUGCUGAAUCCGAGGCAAAGGGCUCUGCAUGCAGAGAUCAUGGAGGAGAACUUGGAGCUGGUGGCCUCUCUUGGAGGUGAAUGGCAAGUGAUUGAGAACGAGGCUGAACCAGGCAGGAUGUUGUGGGAACGGUUCUGGGCCGAAGGGUGGACGGGAAAGCCGGAAGUGAAAGAGCAGUGGGCCGACGAGCCCCCGGUCCCUUUCCUCGGAGACAUGUGGGAAAUCCCGUCCCAGGACAAAAUGGACCAGUGGACGGAUUGGAGGCAGUGCCUUCUGUGCGGGGAAACCUUCACGUGUAAAUCCAGCCUGAUGGCUCACUGGGAGAGGCACACCGGCGAGAGGCCCUAUAAAUGCUUAGAGUGCGGGAAGAGUUUCAGCUCGAGCAAGUACCUCAGCUCCCAUCAAAGAAUCCACACGGGGGAGAAGCCCUACAAAUGCCUGGAGUGCGGCGAGAGCUUCUGUUGGCCAAACUCCCUCACUUUGCACCAGAUGAAUCAUACGGGGAAGAAGCCCUACAAAUGCUUGGAGUGCGGGAAAAGCUUUAGCCGGCGUGGCAGCCUCAACUGCCACCGGAGGAUCCACACGGGGGAGAAGCCGUACAUGUGCCUGGAGUGCGGGAAGACCUUCAUCCACAGCACCAGCCUCACGUACCACCAGCGCCAUCACGCGGGGCUGAAACCCUACAAGUGCUUGCAGUGCGGGAGGCGGUUCAGCCACCGGACGAGCCUCAGUUACCACCUCCAGCACCACACGGGCGAGAAACCCUACAAAUGCCUGGAGUGCGGGAAGAGCUUCAGCACCAGGCAGUAUCUUACCUGCCACCAGAGAAUCCACACCGGGGAGAAACCCUACAAAUGCUUGCAGUGCGGGAAGAUGUUUAUGCACAACACCAGCCUCAACUACCACCAGCGCCUCCACACCAGGGAGGAGCGGUUCAAGUGCUUGGAGUGCGGGAAGUGCUUCAAUUCCAAGCAAUGCCUCACCUGCCACAAGAGGAUCCACGCCAAGGAGGACCCCUUCAAGUGCUUGGAGUGCGGGAAGAGCUUCAGCCGGCGCACCAGCCUUGCCUCGCACCAGCUGAUGCACCUGGGAGAGAAGCCCUACAAAUGCCUGGAGUGCGGGAAGGGCUUCACCACCAGCAAGUACAUCCUUUCCCAUCAGAGGAUCCACACGGGAGAGAAACCAUUCACCUGCGCCGAGUGCGGGAAGAGCUUCUGCUGGGCGAAUUCCCUCGCGCUGCAUCAAAUCAUCCACACCGGGGAGAAACCGUACAAGUGCUUGCAGUGUGGGAAGACCUUCAGCAGGAGCACCAGCCUUAAUUCUCACCAGAGGGUCCACACGGGCGAGAAACCCUACAAAUGCUUGGAGUGCGGCAAGAAUUUCAGCACCAGCCGCUACCUCGCUUGCCAUCAGCGGAUCCACAUAGCCGAAAAGGGCUUCAAGUGCACCGAGUGCGGGAAGAGCUUCAGCACCAGCCGAUACCUCACUUGCCACCAGAGAAUCCACACGGGAGAGAAGCCGUACCAGUGCUUGGAGUGCGGGAAGAGCUUCUGUUGGGCCAACUCCCUUCAUUUGCACCAGAGAAACCACACAGGAGAGAAGCCAUUGAAAGCCUAGACGUGUCAAAGGAAAGGACCUUCUUGUCAAAGAAUGUACACAGAGGAGAAACCAUAUUAAGAGUUGCAAAAAGACUAGGUUGCUGUGAGUUUUCCAGGCUGUAUGGCCAUGUUCCAGAAGCAUUCUCUCCUGACGUUUUGCCCACAUCUAUGGCGGGCAUCCUCAGGUUGUGAGGUCUGUUGGAAACUAGGCAAGUGGGGUUUAUAUAUCUGUGAAAUU